AUGGCAGCCAAGAGUGGUCUUCUCGCCCCAGAGUCAAACCACCGUGAAUUUACCCAGCGAUCAAGACUACGCCGCUUGAGACGAUGGCGGCGAGCUCUGUGCACCCUCCUCCUGAUAGGAGCACUUGCGGCCCUGCUGCAAGCCGAAUCCAAGGUCAAUAUAGUUCCUUAUCCACGUUAUUCAACCGAAUCAGAUCUGUUCAAUGAAGGUAUAAACAGAUGUUAUGAAGCUCAGAGUCGGAGCCACAAUCGAGUCGCUUCGGAAACCAGGCUGAACAACCGGUGGAAUCCAACCUCCGGCCAGAAGGGCGAUAUUGUUAUACAGAACGCGACUCUCUUCGACGGAGAGUCUACCCGCCACGGGAGAUUCGAUAUUCAUUUUUCGUCUGGCGUGGUACGAUCAGUGUCUCCCACUCACUUGGACCAUCCCAUUCUACAGGGCGCUCGUAUUGUCAACGCGCACGGGAAGUUCAUUACCCCUGGGCUGGUGGACAUGCAUUCCCACCAUUUAUUGCUCCCAUUUCCGCAGCUUCCGGCUACAAGCGAUGUCAAUGAGCGACCGCUACUGGGUCCCAUCACUCCCUUUGUCCGUGCCAUCGAUGGCUUUAAACCAUACGAUCCUGCCAUUAAGAUCAUCGCUUCUGGGGGCGUCACUUCGUCGCUUGUUCUGCCUGGUUCGGCGAACAUUAUCGGAGGCGAAGCAUACAUGGUCAAGAACCUGCCAUUAUCUGGAGCGGCCGGCGAACCCGUAGUGGAGGAGUUGCUCUUGGAAUACGGUCUACCGGAAAGUAAUCGCCAGCGAUACCUGAAAAUGGCUUGUGGCGAGAACCCGAAGGGAGUGUACGGCAACACGAGGCUUGGUCUCACCUGGCUUCUGCGCAAACGCCUAGAGGAAGCACAGGAGUUGUACGACCGACAAACUACCUGGUGCAGAGCGGCACUUGAUAUUCAGGAGAGCAGCUUUGCUAAAGCACAUCACGUUAAAACCUUCAUCAGGAACCAUGGAACGCGACCGGAAUCUUUCGAACUUGAAACACUAGUCGCACUUAUCAGAGGCGAGCUCAAUGUGAACGUACAUUGCUACGAGCCCGAGGAUCUCGAGCGCAUGCUGUCUGUGCUCCACGAGUUCGGAGUUCAUCCACAGGCUUUCCAUCACGCAUUGGAGGCAUGGCAGGUACCAGAACUGUUGAAGCACCUGGAGGAAAACGUCACUAUCGCAACCUUUGCAGAGAAUGCUCUCUUCAAAGCCGAGGCAUAUGGUGCGAAUCUAAGAGGCCCGAAAAUACUAGACGACCAUGGAGUUAAGGUUGCCCUAAAAUCGGAUCAUACUGGAGAGGAGAAUUACGCAAAAUAUUUAAUGUACCAAGCCGCUGUUUCCCAUUCUUUUGGUCUUUCGGAAGAUAGAUCGUUGCAAGCAGUUACAUCCAUACCUGCUCGGUCGGUCCAGCAGGACCACAGAAUUGGAUAUGUUCGCCCUGGAUACGACGCAGACCUGGUUAUCUGGGAUGACCAUCCGCUGCAAGUCGGAGCGACUCCACUCGAGGUCUUCAUCGAUGGCCGUGCCGUUUUGGGCGACUAUGAUUCCCUAGAAGAGCUGAUCCACAGGCCCAGUUCUGUAGAGUCACCAGAUGCUCCGGCGACGAGGCCUUCGAUUCUAGACCACCAGAAAGAUGACAUUUGCUCGAGAGUCCAUAAGUCCCCCUCGAAAGUACUCUUUACAGGGGUCAAAACGGUCCUAGUUGAUACCCCAUUUCCCGUCGAAGAUACAAGCGAUGUCGUGUUACUUCUUGAAGACGGUAAAGCUGUAUGCCUCGAUAAGAGAUCCACCUGUCUGUCCACUAAACAAAAGGAACAAAACGUGACCGAACUCCGCCUGAACGAUGGCUAUAUUACCCCAGGUCUGGUGGCCUUUGGAAACAACCUCGGAAUCCAAGAUAUCCCAUCCGAUGAAUCUACUGGCGAUGGAUCGACAGGGAGAAGUGCAGAUGUCCUGAAUGAACAAAAGAGUCUCCAUUUUGCCAAGUACGGUGUGCAUCUCCAUAGCAGGGCAUUCACUAGAGCGAGGAUCGGCGGAAUUACAAAGGCAAUCACUGCACCUCGGUCUAACGGGGGCAUUAUCCAGGGGGUCAGCGUUGGUAUACGUACAAGUGAAACUGCCACAAUUCUUGAGGAUGGAAUCUGGAAGGAUGACGUUGCACUACAUCUCACAAUUGGACAGUCAGCUAAAGGUGAUAACACACCGACUGUCGCGUCUGGCGUUGAACGUGUGCGACAAAUACUAGAGGCAGGUCAGGAAGGUAGACAAGGAAGUGCCAGCAUAUAUGUCCAGGCUGCCAACGGCUCGAUCCCGGAUGAUAUCUCCCAGCUGAUUCUAAUCAAGCGCGACUUCCCUUCCGUUAAGCUCGUCCUCUAUGGGGCACACGGUGCAGUCUCGGUUGCUAAGCAUCUCGCCGAAGCAAACAUACCAGUCAUUCUAACCGGUAAUCGUGGUGCACCGAAUAACUGGGAAAAGAAAGAUGUGCUCACGGGGCCGCCACUAACCGAGAGCCCGGCGAAGAUCUUGACCGAUGCCGGAGUACUUCUAGGCUUAGCCGUAAGCAGCGACUCUAAAGUCCAUGGCCUAGCACAGGAGGCCCGGUGGGCGGGUAAGUUCGCAGGGCUGAGCGAUAAGGAAGCUAUUGCCCUCGUGUCGACCAAUAUUGAGGCUAUCUUGGGCACUAGAUCAGGGAAGGCGGCCAAUAGCGGUGAAAAUUCACAACGGUACACGGGUGACUUUGUUGUCUGGGAAGGGAAUCCUUUGAGAGGCGAGGGUUCAGUUGUUGUGUCUGUUCAGGACGGUGUGAGUGUUGUCGACUGCUGGCCAGACACUAGCAAUGCUGUACUGUGA